CAGCCAUUUGAUAAGAUUUGAUCAAUUGUUCUCCUCUCCUAACCCUUUUCUUUCUUUAUGAUAAAAUAUUUGUAGAGAUUGCUUCGAUUAUUCUCUCAUCUUUCUUUCACAGAAAGGGUGAUCAAAAAAUUGAACUUCUCUCUCUCUCUAGAAAUGUCCAGUUCAAGAAUGGUCCAUGACGGCAGUAGGCAACCUGGGAGAUCCAAUUUUAUGCAGACGUGUAAUCUCUUAACUCGUUUUAUUAAGGAAAAAGGGAGUCUCAGAGAUUUUAAUAUAGAAAUUUCUGGAAAAGUGGAGAGCCUUCAACCCAUAGGUGUGCCGAACACGUCUUUGGCGCCUCUAGUGGCUCCGAUUUCGUCCAUUCAUGCAACUAUUAGCUGCUGCAAAGAGCCAUCCCAGUUGACUAUAUUCUACUCAGGUAGAGUGUUGGUGUUUGAUGAUUAUCCAUCCAACAAAGUUGAAGAGCUCGUGGCCUUUGCCGAGAAAGAGAGCCCCCAGGUAUCCUGUGGCACUCUGUCGAGCAUCAACGCUAGUGCGCCCGUCUCUAGUUCACGAGACGGGCUGCCUCCACGGCCACAUCAGGCCGGUACUAGCUACCGCCACAAGGCCGAUGGCAUUUCCUCGAACUCCUCUAAGGAGAAAAUGAGCUGCCCUGAUGAGACUAGUGCUUCUGAUCUCCCAAUUGCAAGAAGAUCGUCACUUCAUCGGUUUCUUGAGAAGAGGAAAGAUAGGUCUGCGGUUAGGGGGCCUUAUCAUCAAGUUGAAGAAGAGCCAAAGGGGGAUGGACAACUUGACCUCAAAUUGUAAUAUAAUGAUACCUUAGAUAUUAGGGGUUGUUGUGACAUGUUGUAUAAUCUAUCUCGCAUUGAUUGGCAGAUUUUAUAAUUUCAUCAUUAAAUGGUACUCUACUAGAGUUGUAUGAAGUGUACUAGAGUUGAGUACAAGUUGAUACCCCAAGCAAUAUAGGCUUGAAGGGAAUUAUUCAACUGUAAUGCAUUCAAAUGAAAUUUAGUAUUCAAGGGAACUAUUCAACUGUAAUGCAUUAUAGUGAAAUUUAGUA